GCUGGCCGCUGACUUGUGCUCCAUCCUUACAGGGCUCGACACUCAGAGAGCCGGGCAGGGUGCUCAGUCAGCGCUCCUCCCGGUGAUCCCCGACACCACUACCUGCCGCUCCGCCUCACACACACACACACACACACACACACACACACACACACAUACACACAUACACUGAUGAGUGCGCUCUGCGUCCAUGCGCACCACCGGUUGCUGCAACCUGCCGACUUUACCUGAACCAGCGAAGCGGGGAUCACAACCUCCAAACAAUGCGUGCACGGUGCAUUAUGCGUUAUCGCAGGUUAUUAGGACUUUUGCGCUCUUUGCGGAGGUAACGGGGGAGGUGUAGCUUGCAUGCCGUCACUAUGGAUUGCCUUUUUCUUCUGAUAUGGACUUUACCCAUCCCACUGGUCGGCUGCACCUCUCUCAAACUCCUGUCCACACUCUUAUCCUGGAAUAUCAUCAAGACGCUGCACAUUUACUGCUCACACACCUCCCACACCGUCUCAGCCGGCUUUUCUUCUUCCAGCGACAGCCACGGAUUAAAUCACGACUACGUGUUUGUGACCCCAGUGGAGGUGGACGCGGGCGGACGAUACCUGACCCACGAUGUUAGCCGGCAAAGCCACCGCAGCAGGAGGUCUGCGUCUUCUUCUUCUUCCCUGCAUUACCGGCUCUCUGUCUUCGGACAGGACAUGCACCUGGACCUGCGUCCUUCAUCUGUGGUCGGCCCCGGAUUCACAGUGCAGACGCUCGGCUCGGAUGGCAUCGCCACGGUGAUGGAUGACAGUGACACAGGGUUUCAUAACUGCCUGUAUCAGGGAUUUAUCCGGAAUCUGUCGGCCUCGUCUGCAGCCAUAUCAACUUGUUCUGGACUGUCAGGCUUGAUCCGCAUGUCUCAGGAGGAGUAUUUGAUUGCACCGCUACCCCAACAUCUGGCGGACCAACACAACUACAGCGCUCCUGAAGGUCACCAUCCUCAUGUCGUCUACAAACGCUCGGCUGAACACAUUGUGCACAGAAGAUCCAGUAGUCCAUCUAGCACCAGUUCUUCAAACCCAGACGACGCCUACUUCCAACAGCAUCAUCAUCAUCACCAUGACUACCAGCACGGAAAGCUGCAGAGGCAACACUUUUGCGGACGCCGCAAGCAAUACGCUCCCAAGCCUCUCGCUGAGGAUCUGUUCGUCAUGCCCGAUGAGUUUAAGAUACCUGAGGCAGAAGGUCCAGGAAGGGCAAAGAGAUCGCCCAUCAACUCCAACAGGGUGGGGGGUCUGAAUGUGGAGACUCUGGUGGUAGCAGACAGGAAGAUGCUGGAGAAACACGGCAGGGACAACGUCACCACCUACGUCCUCACAGUCAUGAAUAUGGUUUCCAGCCUUUUCAAAGACGGCACCAUUGGGACGGACAUCAACAUUGUGGUGGUUAGCUUGUUACUGCUGGAACAGGACCCACUGGGCUUGACCAUCAAUCACCACGCAGACCAGUCCCUUAACAGUUUCUGUCAGUGGCAGUCUGGUCUGAUGGGAAAAGGUGGGAAACGGCAUGACCACGCUGUUCUCCUCACUGGACUGGACAUCUGUUCGUGGAAGAAUGAGCCCUGUGACACCCUGGGUUUCGCUCCCAUCAGUGGAAUGUGCAGUAAGUACAGGAGUUGUACCAUCAAUGAGGACACAGGACUGGGCUUGGCUUUCACCAUCGCUCACGAGUCUGGACACAAUUUUGGGAUGAUCCAUGAUGGUGAGGGGAACCCUUGCCGAAAGACAGAAGGCAACAUCAUGUCUCCCACUCUGGCUGGAAACAAUGGUGUCUUCUCCUGGUCCACCUGCAGCAGACAGUACCUCAGCCGCUUUCUUGGAACAGCCCAGGCAUCCUGUCUGGUGGACGAGCCUAAACAGAUCGGUCAGUACAAGUACCCCGAGCAGCUCCCUGGACAGCUCUAUGACGCAGACACGCAGUGCAAGUGGCAGUUUGGCUCAAAGGCUAAACUGUGCGCCCUUGAUUUUGUAAAGGACAUCUGCAAGUCGCUGUGGUGUCAUCGCACAGGGCACCGCUGUGAGACCAAGUUCAUGCCAGCUGCAGAGGGAACCAGCUGUGGUCCUGACAUGUGGUGUCGAAGGGGUCAGUGUGUUAAAUAUGGGGAGCAUGGUCCUCGGGCGGUCCAUGGGCAGUGGUCAUCGUGGUCUCAGUGGUCCGACUGCUCCAGAACCUGCGGAGGAGGCGUCAUGUACAGGGAGCGCUCCUGCAGCAGCCCAAGGCCACAGAACAAUGGUAAAUUCUGCUCGGGCUCCGGUCGUCUCAACCAGCUGUGCAACACUCGCCCAUGCCCUCUGAAUGCAGUGGACUUCCGGGCGCAGCAGUGCGCUGAGUACAACAGCAAGCCCUUCAGGGGCUGGUACUACAAGUGGAAGCCCUACACGAAAGUGGAUGAUGAAGACAUCUGUAAGUUGUACUGCAUCGCAGAAGACUUUGACUUCUUCUUUGCCAUGUCCAGCAAAGUCAAAGACGGCACCUCCUGCUCAGACCACAAAGGAGACGUCUGCAUCGAUGGAGUGUGUGAGGCAGUAGGCUGCGACCAGAUGCUGGGUUCCAAGGCCUCUCUGGAUGCCUGCGGGGUCUGUAAGGGAGACAACUCUACUUGCAAGUUCUUCAAGGGCCAAUAUGCCCUUCAGCACAGGGCUAAUGAGUAUUACUCCAUGGCAACAAUCCCAGCCGGGGCACGAAGUAUUCACAUUCAGGAAAUGGAGGUCUCAACCAGCUACCUGGCUGUUCGCUCCCUGAAGAGGAAGUACUACCUGACCGGGGACUGGACCGUGGACUGGCCAGGAAAGUUUCACUUCGGUGGGACCGUGUUCGACUACCAGCGCUCCUUCAACAAGCCGGAGAGCCUGUACGCCACUGGACCCACUAAUGAGACGCUGGUGUUUGAAAUCCUUCUGCAAGGGAAGAACCCGGGAGUGGUGUGGGAGUACACGCUGCCUCGCACUGAGAGGAAGCCUGACUACAGCUGGGGUGUGGUGCGCUCCGACUGCUCUGCUCCCUGUGCUGGAGGUCGUAUCUCCACCAAGGCGAUCUGUCUACAGGACCAGAAGGUUCAGGUCAACUCCACCAUGUGUAAUCCUCACACCAGACCCACACUGGGCUCCCAUCUGUGCAACACGCAGCCCUGCCCUGCAUAUUGGGCGACAGGAGACUGGGGUUCCUGCAGCCGCUCAUGUGGGGGAGGUCAGCAGACCAGAACACUGCGCUGCCUGAGGAAGGUGACUUACCAAAGGGAAGAGGUGGUGGCCCACUCCCUCUGUCCUGUCAUCUCUCCCGCUCAGGUCCAGCCCUGCCACACCCAGGCCUGUCCACCAGAGUGGAGUACCGGAUCCUGGUCUCAGUGCUCAAAGAGCUGUGGCCGCGGACUGAGGAAGAGGAGCGUGUUCUGCCGCAGCACUGAUCCCGGGGCCAAAGCGGUGGUGGUGCCUGACAGCAUGUGCAGACAGCAUCACAAACCCAAAGCCCAAGAGACCUGCGUCCUGCGGCGCUGCCCCAAGAACGAAAGGUUACAGUGGACCCCCACUCCCUGGGGAGAGUGCUCCAGGUCCUGUGGCUCAGGCGUCCAGAAAAGAGAGCUGCGCUGCGGGGAGAGAGACUCACAGGGAGGAGGGUUUGUGGAGUUCCCCACACGCAGGUGCAGGAAUAUGGCCAAACCUUUGGUGGAUCUCCAGCAGGGCUGUAACAGAGGUCCCUGCCCACAGCUCCCGCGGGUCGUCCCUGGCAGAACCCCCUCCACUGCUGUGGUCCUGGGCUGGUACUCCUCUCCCUGGCAACAGUGCUCCGUGUCCUGUGGUGGAGGAGUGCAGACUCGGACCAUUCAGUGUCUGCGCCAAGGUCGCCCUGCAGCUGGCUGCCUGCCACAUCAGAGGCCUGUCACAUCCAGGGCGUGCAACACACACUUCUGCCCCCCCGCCGCCCCCCCAGCACCGCCACAACGCACCGGCCGGGUCACGGCUGCUGGACCCACGUCUAAAGAUGAACACUGCAUGGAUCACUUCAGCUGGUGCCACUUGGUUCCCCAGCAUGGAGUUUGUAACCACAAGUUCUACGGACAGCAGUGCUGCAAGUCCUGCUCCAGCAAGAGGCCGUAGACCUCGGAGAACCCCUGAGUCUAUUUAUUCUGACCUCUAAAAAGAAAAAAACAACAACACAGAGGCCAUUGGAGGAUGAUGACUAAAAAACACAAACUGUGUUCAUCACACAGCGUGUUGACUACCUGGAGUAUUUGACCUUGAUGAACUUUGUAAAGGAAGUUAAAGAGCCGAACCGUGGGACUCUUUGUGUUUCGAAAAAAGGCAAUGUGGCUGAAGGAGCUCCUCCUGCCGAAGCUGCCGAGUCAUCAUGUCAUUGAUCGAACUGGAAAUGGAAAGACAAUGCAAAGGAGAGAGCAUCUAAAGACUGGCUGAUGUAAUAUAUAUCUGAUACAUGUUGUCCUUCUGUUUUCCUUUUUCAAACCUCGAAAGCUACAAGCCAUCAAGAGACCAGGAAAAGGACCCUAGUGUUUUUUUUAGCUUGCGUAUAUGUCGUGUUCUUAAAGGUGUCUUGCUUCAUACUCCUUUAUUUAAGUUAUUAUGGUUCCUAAUAUUUGAUUUUACAUUUUGUCAGGUGUACAGCUGAUCUGUGACAUGUUAUGUUUAUGUUUGGAUAUACCACAGGGACAUGCCAGACACCCUUUGGAUCCAUGUUAUGAGAUUGAAAAUGAGGUAUUAAUUACAGUGGUCAAAUAUCCUCUGCACUUUUCCUAUAAAUGACUCUCCGCCUGUUUUGUUUCAUGCUGCUGAAUCCUACACCGGAUAUGUUUUUUUCAUGUGCAUUCCUUUCAUGUCAACAAUAUCAAAACAUGCCUACCUGUGUACGUAAAAAAAAACCCAUUUAAUGCAGUCACAUUGUAAGUGCUCCUUUGUAUCUCUCCUGUAUGAUUAUGGAAUACAACAGGAUCAUCUGUCUGA